UUACAAAAUUAUGAGAAUUGAAGGUAAGAGAGUGAAAUUACAAACCCUCUCAGGGAAACAGUUACAAAGCAUGUACAGUAUUGCACACUUAAAACCAUUAAAAGAGCCACCAACAUUAGCUGCUGAAAGCAAAUUAGAGGGAAAAAUUGGAACUGAACCUGCAGUUGGUGAGACUGAACCAGAAACACCCACGGAAGGGAUUAGAAACGUGGAUGGCACUGGAUCUCCCGACAGCACAGUGGAAGACACAGAGGUGACAGCAAUGGAAGAAGAGGAGUCUAGAGGGCAAGAUGUUUCAUACAAUGAUACAAGUGAUGCUGAUGACAGUUUUGAUGACAUGUUUACAGAGGAUUUGGAAGACAGCCAAUGGCUUCAGAAAGUCAAAUUGGUAAUGACCAGCAAACACACAGAGAGACUGGAGGCCAAAGUGAGAAACAUUAAAUUAUAUGGCUCCUCCUUUCAUUGCCUGAAACCUAGAAGCUGGAUAAGUGAUGAGGUUAUUGAUGCAUAUUUGAGCUGUGUAGUUGAGAAAGCAGAUGGAAAGGUAGAAGCCAUCUCAGCAGUAGUUUCCACUGUCAUUCUCUCAGGAAGAGCUACUCAAAUGAAAGUGAAGAGUGAAUUACUUCAAAAUGAUAUAUUAUUGCUUCCUUACCACACACCAGGUCAUUGGGUUAUUGCGGUAAGAUGUUUUAUAUUGUACUACAAUUUCCCUUGUUGCGGGUUUUCAGUGUGUUCAGUGCAUGCUAAGGAAAGAGGAAUGUGAAUGUUAUAAAAAAUG